UUUUUUUUUUUUUUUUAUCUAAUUUCUAAUUUAAAUUAUUUUCAGUCAUUUUUCCCAAAAAUUACAAUUUUAUCUGUCCCAAAUCUUUAUAGUGGAUUUUUUUACUUACCCCGCUUUUUUUAAGCUUGCAUAAUCAUUAAAUACACCCCGUCCUUUUAUUUUUUAAUUCUUUUAUCUAGUACACCUAUAAAUAAUCUCUUUCUCAUUGUUUCAUCCAUGUCUUUGCAACAACAACCACAACAGCAAUCUCCUAUGUUAUUAGUCCAACCUUUAAAGCUUGAUGAAAUCAACUUAAAGAUGGACGAGCCUGAAGAAGAUCAAGAGGAACAAGCACAAAAAGCAGCCAUCACACCGAUUGAUGUGAUUGAUGAUGUCGAAUUAUUGGCUAUCCUUGGCUUACCUACUCCCACUCCUACUGUUAUUUCUACUGAUUUCUCUACCAUGAUGAGCAACAACAACAACGGUCCUAACUUUCUAGCAUCCUCUCCUUGUUGCAAUACACCGGCUCUCACCGAUGAAAACGCGUUUUUGGAUUGGGAUGAUAUGCCCGAACUUUCUGAAGGUGAAGAAGAACCAGACACCGCCUCUCUUACACCCAAUAGUAGAAAGAGAAAGUCCUCCUAUGAUGAUGAGGAUAUUUUUGCUGAACUUGAUUUUGAAGAUGCCAUUUUAUAUCCUGCCGCUGCGGGUACUACCACAGAUGCGACAACUGCUCAUACUACCAGCACCAGCACCAGCACCACCACUAGCCCAGCACCGUCACUGCAACUUCCACCCACGAAAAAGAGAUUUGUUCAGGAGCAAAUGAUCAACCCUAUAUCCAAUGCUGUAUAACCAGAUAUUAUUUUUUUUCUUUUGCAACUGCACCCCGGCACCCUCUUCUACCAAUACGCGCGCCUGUAUCAUAUUCUCACUCCAACCGCGUUCAUUCUUGUACAUUCUCACUAUUUCUAUAUACUAUUACAUACCUUUGCUUUUGUUUUUGAGGGAAAUUUCCCCUUUUAUUAUUAUUCAUACAAAAGUUUGUACAAAGUCGCUUUCGUCAUCAAGACCUAUAUUUAUUUUGCUUUUUGAUAUAAUCACCCUAUUACGUAAAUUGCUC